AUGGGAAGUAACGGAGAAUUGAAGUACGAGAUCUCACAGAACGCGUACAUCAAACUCGUUCUCCACUCGCUGCGUCACAAGACGGCGGCGGUCAACGGAGUCCUCGUCGGUCGAAUCAGCCCUAAGGACGAAGGCCUCGUGGAGAUCUCCGAUUCCUUGAACAACAAAAAGCUUGAAGCUCUAUCAAAGGGUAAGGAUCGAAGCCCUGUGAUGCAGCUUUGUGUGAAAGAUGCUUCCAAGAACUGGAGAGUGGUUGGGGCAGAUGGGGGAAGCAAGCUACUCUUGAAAGAGCCCUCGGCCAAUGUAGUUUUGUCAGAUUACAUUUCAUCUGAGAAAUGGAAGGACGUCACAGAUGUUGACGAUCAUCUUGAUGAUGUAACCAAGGACUGGCUAAACCCUGGACUUUUCAACUGA